UAUGACAACAGAAAGCUGACCGAGUUUGGUCGUUUGGUCGCGCUUCGUACGUUUUGGUGUGCUCUUUUUCGGUUUAUACACUGUGUAAGUUUUCUUUGAGGACCUCUUUGCUACAUGUUUUAAGGCAGCGAUUCUCCCACAUUUGGAAAUACCAGAGCACCACCCUCUUCGCCCUCCGUCAGCUGAUUGCUGGGGGAUGGGGAAGCGAUGCUACGACGAUCUAAAAAGCAGGGUAUGGUGAUUUGACUGAGUCAGAAGAGGCGAUGCCCCUACACCAGAUGAAGGAAAAUAACCUCAUAAGGCUUCUUAGCAGAAGACAGAGUGAGGAAUCGUGUAACGUUCAUGUACAGAGGAAGUUGCAAGUGACGGAUGAACUUAUUGCUAGGCUUGGCCUUGAAGUUGAACUACAGGGUCAUGCAGGCUGUGUCAACUGCUUGGAAUGGAACCAGAAAGGAGAGGUUCUUGCUAGUGGAUCAGAUGAUGUCCAGAUCAUACUUUGGGAUCCAUUUCACCAUAAGAAACUCCACACAAUACAGAGUGGUCAUCAUGGCAAUAUCUUCUCUGUCAAGUUCUUGCCGCACUCAGGGGACGGGACAAUGCUCAGUGGGGCUGCAGAUUUCAAGAUUCGAGUUCAUGACGUAGCAUCACGAGAAACUAUGAUGGUUUGCAGUUGCCAUACUAGCAGAGUCAAGCGACUAGCUGUCGCUCCAAGUAUCCCGUUCCUGUUCUGGAGCUCAGCGGAAGAUGGACUCAUCCUACAGUUCGACUACAGAGUCCCUCAUCGGUGCUCCUCGGAAGCUGACAGUGUUCUCAUCAACCUGGGCAACCACCUGGGCCGAAAUGUUGAGGCCAAGUGCAUCUCCAUCAAUCCUUUACAUAGUCAUCUACUGGCAGUUGGAGCCAAUGACCCAUAUAUCCGAUUGUAUGACAGACGGAUGAUAAAGACAUCAAAGCUAGCGAGACAAGGUACCAUAACGGACCCAGAUAACGACAAUCUUCCACCUGGAUGUGUGACAUAUUUUGCUGCAGGUCACUUACCUUUGAAGUACCCAAAGAAGUGCUUCCGGACUCUGGCGUCCACCUACGUGGCAUUUAGUCCAGAUGGCAGCGAGCUACUUGCAAAUCUCGGUGGAGAACAGAUCUACCUGUUCAACAUCAACCAACCUCGGCAGCCAAAAAGCUUUGACAUGUCCAACUUUCCUCUUUUCCACUCCAAUGGAUUAAGCAAAAGUUUAUCGGAAGAAAACAGUCCUGCAAAUGGGUUCAACCAGCACCGAAAUGGGCUAUCUAAUGGCAUCCUAUCUAACGGAAUAAAGCCAACAGGUGUCCUGCCAACGUCAGCAGAGAUUCCCAAGAGCUCAGUGAAACGGUGGAAGCCUGCUAAUGUGAAGCCUUUGCCACCACGUGUUGAAGAAAUAAAGUGCAGGGCCAAUGACAAGUUUGGCCAACAGCAGUACACACUGGCUAUUAACCUGUACAACGAGGCCAUACACAUUGUGCCUGAUUCACCCGUUCUGUACUGUAACAGGGCAGCAGCCUACAUGAAGCGACUAUGGGAUGGCGAUAUGUAUGCUGCGUUACGCGAUUGCCACGUGUCUCUUCAGUUGGAGCAAGACUACGUGAAGGCCCACCUGCGACUCGCCCGCUGUUUGUACGAGUUACGGUGGACAAAAGAAGCGCUCGAGUGCCUACAGGCAUUUAAGUUAAAAUUUCCUGACCAUGCUCUUGGUCAGACCUGUCAAGCACUGGAUCGUGAUAUCAAGGCUGCUAUCUUCUCGAAGACAGAAAAUGAUUCUGAAGAAGGCAGCCGGUCUGAAUCUCAGAGCUCUAGUGGGAGCAAUAACUCUAGUCCCCGGCAGAAGAAGCAGCCACACAUAUCAGAACAAGAGAAGGCGUGGCGUGCACUUGCCUUCGACUAUGAGCUCCGAUACUGCGGUCACUGCAAUACGACGACAGACAUCAAAGAGGCAAAUUUCUUUGGGAGUGCAGGGCAGUAUGUUGUAGCUGGCUCGGAUGAUGGCUCUUUCUUCGUUUGGGACAAAGUGACCACUAACCUUGUGCGAGUAAUGCGUGGAGAUGAUUCCAUAGUGAACUGCUUGCAACCACACCCUUCAACUUGCUUACUGGCAACUAGCGGCAUUGACCCAGUUGUUCGAUUGUGGAGUCCAAAACCAGAGGAUGGCAGCAAGGAAGACAGAGAAGUGGUGAACUCUGAAGAUGCCGCUGUCGCUAACCAGAGGCGUAUGAAUGCUGAUCCCCUAGAAGUAAUGUUGAUGAACAUGGGUUACCGUGUACCAGGCCUUCUCGAGUCUGACGAAGGAGAAACUGAGGGACGUGGAGGUGAAGCCAGUGUGGUCUCCUGUAGGCCAAGCUAGGAAACCCCAAUUCUUUGUACAUAAUACAUCACAAAGCUGACUUGCUCUGGUCAGUUUUGCGGAAUGCAGCAUUGUCUUUGCAGAUCGGCUUGUUUUCCUACCAUGCAGGGAAUCUUAGAUUGUGCAUAUGAGUGAAUGUGUCUCUCUAGCUUUCUUUUAUUAUUUAUUGCUUUCAUAUAUGCUUCAAGGCAGAGACGUAAAGUUAUUGAUUGACAGUCAGAGUCAGGUUCUUCUUCUGCGCAAGUCAUUGUGACAACCUAGUUUUUGCGUCAGUCCUUUUACAUUGGAGCAAGCAGUGGAAUGAAGCUCCUGAAAAUAAAAAGUUGACACACAUA